UUUUCUCUCUUAUAAUUGUUCUUUCAGAAAUCUCCAAUCCAUAUUUUGUCAAUCGUGAAUUAAACAAGCAAAAACCCCUUAUCUUAAAAUGGCACUACUACCUUUAGUUCAAAAACCAAACCAACCAUUAAUCCCAUUCCCUUCUUCAAAUCCUAACAACACCUUUACCUUAAACAAAGCCAAAAACAGAACUCAAAUGUACCUCAAUUCUCACCACUUCACUAGAAGAACAAGUCUAAUUCUAGGCCCAACUUUAUUCAUUCUUCUAACUGAAAAAACUGCCAAUGCCUUUGAUUUCAGAAUCACAGCUCCAGACCAGACUCUUGAAGAAGCACAGGAUGGGAUUCAAAGCCAUGCAUUAAGUUUAUUACAAGUCAAAGAAUUAUUAGAGGAAGAGUCGUGGAAAGAAGCUCAAAAAGCUUUGAGAAGAAGCUCAGCUUUAUUAAAACAAGAUAUCUAUACUAUAAUCCAAGCUAAACCUGGUAGAGAGAGGACUGAAUUGAGGAAGAUGUAUUCCAUUUUGUUCAAUACUGUUUCAAGAAUGGAUUUUGCAGCUAGGGAUAAGGAUGUGCCACGUGUAUGGGAGUGUUAUGAUAAUAUUGUCCUAGAGCUUAACAAUAUUUUGUCAAGACUGUAGUAGUAUAUAUAGUAUUGCAACUAUUUUUCAAUUGUGAGGUCUUUUUGUUUAUUUAUCAAGUUUUGUUUACUAGAUGUAUGA